AUGCACCCAAGUUCCCAUCCAGUUUUUAAUCAAGAAUUGAUAGUAGAGAAAAUCCUCUCCUUUUCCAAUGUGAGUGAUUGGUUGAGAAAUGAACCACCUCUGAUUAGUAGAACAUUUUCUGCAGUAUUCUCUUCCGAAUAUUUUGCAAGACUUUACAUGGCCAAUGUUUUCAAGCUUUCUAAUGAACAAGUUGGUCUUUUGGAUCAAAUGGUUGGUAUUGGAGGAAAGGUUUCACACAAGUUGAAAAAUUAUGAAUCAAUGCAGGCAAUUUUUAAAGAGUUCAUCAGUAAUAGUUUAAUUCCAAAGAGAAAUUUGACAAGUGUAAUUUCCAAGUUUUGUGCAAAUGACACCUUGCCAUAUGUUAAGGAAAUUGAAGAAACCAUUUCCAGAAUAUCUAUGGCCUUUGAAAUUCACGAAAAACUAUUUUCACACUAUUAUAAUUGUGACUUGAUUAUUAAUGAUGGUGGCACUAUUUAUGAGAUUAAAGAUGUCUCACAAUUCUGGAAAGGAGGUGAAUGCAAGCAAAUCAUUGUCCACUCAAUCAAGCAGUUAAAACCUGAAUUAAAUGCAAAGAUAGGAGGUUUUGAAAUUGAGGCCACUGUCUAUAUGGGAUUUGGUUAUCCCUUGAAAUUUUCAUUUACCGGUAUUUACAAUCAAAUCCAAGGAAUAACUCACUUUGAUGAGAGAGUUUUUGCAUUUGACAAUUUUAUUUUCUAUGCAGAGGACGGUUAUGUAGAGGGAACGAGUGCGGACACGUUUGAAAUUAUGAAUCACUUUAUUAGUGUAGAACAAGAUCAAAUACCACCAGAAUUGAAUACUGAGAGAGUUUACAAUACUUUGUGUUAUCAUUGGUAUUGGCCAUUUUUGCAUGGAAAAUCAAAGAUGACCAACAAAUUUAAGGAGUGGAUGAAGGAAAUGGAUUUUGAUGAUCCAAUCAUUUAUGUCGAUUCCUACAUGAGAGAAUCUGUUUCAAAUUCAGCUAAUAAGCGUAAACUCGCAGAGUCAUCACAAGCUAAGAGUGGUGCAAAGAAGAGUAAGCAUUGA